AUGGUGUCCAGCUCAUUCGCCGCCUUGGUGAUCGCCACCGCCAAUUUGGCCCUGCGUGUCGAUGCGCACAGCCACAUGAUCGACCCGAUGCCGACGUGGCCCGUAUCCUGGGCCACCAACAACUUCGCGGCCACCAUCGCCGGCCAGACGUACCUCCCGUGUCCCGACGGCAUGUCCUACUCGACAGCUCCAGAGCUCAACACGGAGGCCUACUGGACCGCCUUCAACGAGAGCUCGUACACGUCGCUCAAGGACCUGGUCGACAAGACGGCAGAGGUGCAGACGCUGUCGCCCUUCGGCACCGCUACCCUCGAGUGCGGCUUCUCCCUCGCCAACGGAUCAGCUCGUGAUAUCCCGUCCGAGUAUGUUGAGUGGAAUCAGCUCACGGAGGGCCACGACGGCCCCUGCGAAGUGUACUGCGACGAUGUCUUGGCCUUCGAGAAUGAUAACUGCGCCGAGAACCUUCCAGGUUCUCCGAGCCAGUGGCCGUACGACGUCUCCAAGUGCGAAGGCGCCUCGCGUCUCACUGCCUACUGGAUCGCCCUGCAUGGCCUCCCAUGGCAGGUGUACAUCAACUGCGUCCCGCUCACGAGAUCGGUGAACAGCACCACCGUAGCAGCAGCCUCCAGUACGUCGUCCGGCUCCACAUCGACGACUUCGACUACUUCUGCACCUGUGGCGACCACUGCAACCCCCAGUAGCACGACCCCAACCAGCACGACGGCUACUCCAACGGUGGCCACAACAACUUUAACUGCUUCUUCCAUCGCUGGUGAAGCAGAGGACUCCGAGUGCGGCUCGCUCGACGUGGCUGGGUCGGAUGAAUCGGACUGCGAGCCUCUCGACGUCGCCGGAUCGGACGAAUCUGGCUGCGGGUCCCUCAAUGUUGCCGGAGACGACACCGACGAGUCAACGUCGUCCUCUACCUCCACCAGAACCUCCACAUCAACCGGAACUUCGACUUCGACUGGAACUUCGACUUCGACGGGGUCCACCACCACCACUACGACGUCGUCGGCGGCGGGUGAGUCCGACUCGGACGAGGUUGCGGGUGACGCUGACACCACCGCGAGCUACACGGACGACUCCGAGUGCGGAUCUCUCGACGUGGCCGGCGACGACGACUCGGAGUGCGGGUCGCUCGACAUGGCCGAGAGCGCCGAGUCCGACGCCGCCUACACGGGCUCCUCGACGGGCAUCACCUUCAGCACUAUCCAGGGCACCACCAACGCCGGCACGGUGUCCCCGCAAGCCCAAGGAGCAGUAGGAUCGCUCAUGGAUGUGCGUCCGUCGUGUUAG